AUGCCCAUUAAUUAUCCGUUCAUGCAGCAGUUGAAGCUUAAAACGAUUAUUUACGUGGGAGACUUGUGCCAUGAGAAGGCUAAGAAGACAGGUAAGGAAGAGAAGCCAAAGAAGGAUAAGAACGGGACAGCAGAGAUAUACGAAAAGUAUAAGGCAUGGAUCAGCUCGACGGAUAUCAAGUUUUGUCCGUUGUUGGUACAUUCUUCGCAAGAACCAUUUACACUGGUAGAAACCCAGGCCCAAACGCAAGAGUCGCUUGAAGCAGCUCUACAUCUUAUAUUAGACAAGAGGAACUUCCCUAUACUUAUACAUCUGAACAAGGGGAAACACCGAAUAGGCGUUUUGGUCGGGUUGAUGAGGAAGAUUCUCCAAGGCUGGUGCAUGAGCGGAAUCUUCGAGGAGUAUGAGAAGUUCGCCAUGGGCAAGUCAGAGUUCGACUUGGAGUUUAUAGAGAUGUGGCAGCCGGAGCUUAGCUACGAGGAGGAGUGGCUUCCGGGAUUUGUCAGAGCCGGAUGA